AUGGAGAAACAGUUACGUCUCGGAGAAUCUCACUUUCUCCAAUGUGCUGACGUCAUUCUUCCAUGGCUAAACCCUCGAGAGCUAGCUUCCGUCUCUCAAACCUGUAAAGCCUUAUCCUUUAUCUCCAAAUCCAUCACUCUCCAUCGAUCCCUCGACGCCGCACGAUCCCUCGAGAAUCUCCCCAUCCCAUUCCUCAACACCGUCGAUUCCAAACGCUACGCAGAUUUCAUCUACACACCUUUUCAAAUCCCCGCCUCUACCUCCUCUCCUCCGCCACGUCAGCAGUGGGGCUCUGCUAGUAAUGCUCAAAUUAGCUUAAUUUCAGAUUCUGUCUCGGUGAGUUUAGUGGAUGGUGUGUGUGGAUGCGAGUGCGAGAGGUGUGAGGAAGGAUAUUGUCAGUGCUUAGCACUUGCAGCAGAUUCAAAUGAGAUAGGUAAUGAAUGUGGAUUUGGUUGUGGUUGCGGACCGGAUUGUCCAAACCGGUUGACUCAAAAGGGGAUUUUGGUUGGUUUGAAGAUAGUAAGAGAUGAGAAGAAAGGUUGGUGUUUAUAUGCUGAUCAGCUUAUCAAGAAAGGCCAGUUCAUAUGUGAAUAUGCAGGUGAGCUGUUGACAACAGCUGAAGCACGUAGACGUCAAACCAUCUACGACAAACUCAGGUCAACGCAACAAUCGUUCUCCUCAGCUCUCCUAGUCAUACGUGAGCACCUACCUUCGGGACAAGCUUGCUUAAGAAUAAACAUAGACGCCACAAGAAUUGGGAAUGUUGCUAGGUUCAUUAACCAUUCUUGUGACGGUGGAAAUCUCUCCACUGUCUUAUUGAGAAGCUCGGGAGCUUUGCUUCCUCGCCUCUGUUUCUUUGCAGCAAGGGACAUAGUUGCUGGUGAGGAGUUAAGUUUCAGUUACGGAGAUGUACGUCUCACUCCAGAGAAGAGCACAGAGAACAAGUUGAAUUGUUGUUGUGGUAGUUCCUGCUGUUGUGGAACAUUGCCUUGUGAGAACACCUGAUUUUGUUAUCAUCAUCAUCACCUUCUGUCUCUUAUCUAUACUUAUGUCUGAAUUCUGAGUUCUGACAAAUUAUUGGUUCUUGAGUAAGUACUAAUGUACUAUUAACAGCUUUGAUCAUUGGCAACAAGAACAGAGUAAUUUUUGAAAACAAGAAACUAUGAUUGUUUUUUUUUUUUUUUUU